GUAGGCGGUGCAGGAAGCGAGGUUUCAUUAUUGUCCGGUGUCUUGUCGUACGCGCAGGUCGGGGCUAGCAGCAUGGCGGAAGAGGAGAGCGAGCAGGAGGCGGAGAGGCUCCGUGAAGAAUUGGAAAGCUUGCUAGUCAGCGAACAGGGAUCUGUUAGAUGUGACCGGAUUUAUUGUCAUCGGUUCUGUCAGGUUGUUGAAGAGUAUACAGGAAGAUAUCAAGUUCCCCUGCCUCAGCUUCAGGUGCUCCAAACAGCUCUGUGCUGUUUUACCACAGCCUGCUCAUCUUACCCAGCAGAAUUUGAGCCUGUACACUAUGUUCUGAGAAGCCUGGCUUUGAGUUUUUUUGAGUUGUUGCUGUUCUUUGGCAAGGAUGAAUUCUCAGAAGACCCUCUGAGUGACAUUCAUAAUACACUGCAGGAAUGUUGCAUCAAGUUAAAGAGGUUUGGUUGUGUAGAUCUGGAAAAAGUGACCAAAAUAAUGGCAGAUGGGGGUCCUUGGGACAACACUGUUCUGCAGACAAUUCUAGCUGGGCAGACACCACUUCAGGAUUUAGCUGAUGCAUAUUUGAGCUCUGAAAACCCACUUUUCUUCGAAUUUCGUGCCAGGUAUCUGACUGUCUGUGAGAGGAUGCCUGAAGCAUUAGCUCUCAUCAAAUGUUGUGUGGACCACCCUGCAACCAACAAAACUCUGUACUUCCAUCAAGCCUAUUUAACUUGUAUUUGCAGGCCACCUAUAAAUCUUUACCUGCUGUUUGAGCAUACAUCCAAGAUUAACUGUAAGGAUGCAAUUGAAAUCAUCUGCAGUGUUGAAGAGGAAGGAAAGAUUGGAGUAGCUUUGGAACUGUGCAAUGCCUUUCUUGCACAGCAGCUGUAUAAUGGAGAUAUGUACAACAUAUGGGACUUGAUAUUUGUGUGGAGCAAACUGCAGCUGAGAGUAGAUUCCUCAAAACAGACUUUUAUUGACCAUUGCUGUCAGAUUUUAAAGAUUGCCACAAAUGUGAAAGUCAUUUUCCCAUUCCUAAAGGUCAUCGAAACAGAAGUGGGUGACAAAAGUUUACAGUAUCGUGUUGAAAUCUGUGGAGGUGCUUUACAGAUGAAUCUCUGCGACAAGACCAAGUGUAUGAUCUACAAAACCAUUGCAUACCUCUUGCCAAAUGAUUUAGAAAUUUGUCGAACAUGUGCACUACUGGUGUUCUUCUUGGAACGUUCAAGAGAGUCCUACCGCACUGUUGAAAGACUGUUUAAGCAUCCCGAUCAAGAGUAUAACUUGUUUUCCAGCACCAUUCAAAACCAUAUACGUUUUGAGUUGCUUCAGCUUUUAAAGAAAGGUUUGUCUUUUGACCCAGAAUUUUGGAGUUUUGUAAUGAUUGAGAAAAACUGUGUUGCACUUAUUAAGCAACAACCAAAAGCUGUCAAGUCGUGGAAAUCCACGCCUACUUUGAGGAAGACACCUGUGAGAAGAAAUACUUCUAGAGUGGCUGAACCUGCCAAGAGGAAGUCUCCCAGAGGAAAGCAGUCUAGUGAACAGCGGUGUACUAGAAGCAAGCGACUUGCUGGGCUGAAGGCUACUUGUUGGGAAAAAACUGAGCAACAUACUGUGUGCAGAAAAAAAAAUGUUAAACAGCAGUGUGUUAAUACAAAAGAGUCUUCUGACCAGCACAUUAUGUCUAGAAGAGUGUCUCUUGAACUGCAAACCUGUGGUGGACAACUUGUUGGACAGCAAACGGUAUGCAGAAAUGUACUUGGGCAACAGGCUGUUAGUGAUCAACUUGUUCAACAACUGACUUGUAUUGACAAAGAACGUUUGGGCCAGCUAUCUGCUAGUGACCAGCAGACUGAUAGUAUCAAAGAAUUUACUGAACAGAAGAUUGCUAGUGAGAAAGAAGUAGUUUGUUUGCAGACUGAUAGUGAAAGCAAAGUUAUUGAGCAGCAGACUGAAGUUAUUGAGCAGCAGACUGUUAGUGAAGUCCAUAUUGUACCACAUGCUUUUGAUGGCAAAGAUUUAACUGAGCAGCAGACUUUUGAUGGAGAGGCACUUGCUGGACAGCAGGCAUCUGGUAGUGGAGAUUUUGCUGGCAGCAGUGAGCUUGAUAAGCAGCAGGAUGCUAGUGGCCAGGAGCUAGUUGGCCAGCAGGCUGCUGGUGGCGGUGAAGUUGGUGAUUGGCAGAUUGCUGUUGGUGAGGAACUCGUUUCCCCACAGACUGCUGUUGCAGAGAAGCUUGCUGCACAGUGGAAUGUUGAACAACUUUCUACCCAGCAGUCCAGUACUGAGCUUGUUGCCCAGUGUACCACAGGUGGUGGUGGUCAGCUUGUUACUCAGUGGACGACUGGUGGUGGUGGUGGUCUUUCUCCCCAGUGGUCUCCUGGUAGUGAACUUGCUCCUCAGUGGACUCCUGGUAGUGGUGCUGAGCUUGCUGCUUCCCAGUGGGCUCCUGGUGGUAGUUCUAAGCUUUCUUCCCAGCAAACUACUCUUGGAGAGGAGCUUACUGCCCAGCAGAUUAUUGGUAGUGACCAGAUUGCUUCCCAGUGGACCACUAGUAUGGAGGAGUUUGCUAAUCAGCAUACCUCUGUUGGUGAAGAGCUUGUAGCUCAGCAGACUGCUGGUGUUGAAGGUUUUGCUGCCCAAGGAAAUGCCAGCAGUGAAGGGCUUGCUGUCCAAGGGAGCACUGAUAGCGAGUGGCUUGCUGCACAGUUGGCUGCUGCUAACAGAACCCUUGCUACACAACAAGCUGGUUGUGAUGAAGAACUUGCUGCUCAACAGAAUGCUGGUGAAAAGCUUACUGGACAGUGGUCUUCUGGUGGUGAAGAAUUUGCUAGACAUCAGCUUCCAGGAUUUGAAGAACUGAUCAGACCGCAGAUUGCUAGUACUCAAAAACUGCUUGGACAGCAGGUUACUAGUAAUGGAGGAUUUAAUCAGCAAGCUAUUUUUGGCAAAGGACUUUGGCAGCAGACCACUUUUCAUAAAGAACUUGUUAGCACUAAUACUGCAUGUUGCAGAGAGAUUCUUGGCAUGCAGGCUACUAGUGGUGGAGGGAUUCUUUGGCAGCAGGUAACUAAUGAAAACAAGGAUCAGCAAGUGGCUAUCAGCGACAGAUGUUUAGAACUUCAUGAUAUAUUUAGAAAAGAUCCUUCUGAACUUAUUGCUAGUGGCAGAGAAUGUUUUGGACAGCAGGCUGCUUCUGUGAAGGAACGUGCCCAACAACAGACUGCUUGUCUUGAAUCUGUUGAACAUUGGGCUAUUUGUGGAGGAGCUGCUUGUUCAGGUGGUCUAACCAGGGAAAUAAAUCCUAUAAAUAUCAUCAGCCAUCCACCUGCAAGUUCAGAGAGCAGCAAUAAAAUUCCUGCAAGACGCAAAACAGAAGAGGGCAGAGAGAAAUCUGAACGUAAUGUACCAAAACAUCUUUGUGCAGUUUGCAACAAGGAGUUUCUUGGAGGCCAUAUAGUGCGUCAUGCUCUGGCUCACCAAAAGAAAGGAUGUUUUUCUUGUGUCAUUUGUACACGGAAGUUUAGACUCCAAGAAAGUAUAUUAAAACAUUUACAGAAUCAUCUGAAGAAAAUAAAAAUGAAUCCCCUUGAGGUACGUGACACAGCAGUAAGUGAUCCUUGCCUUCAUGGUUCUCAAGCCAGUGACAGUUGUUCCUCUGUUGAGAACCAUAGCAGUGCGAGUGCCAGCAGUGAACUACCACUAACACUUGUGGGAACAAGCCAUGCAAGGGAUGGCAGUGACACUGAACUGUUAAACAGUGCUGAGAAUCACUUGGAUGAAGAAAAGGAUAUUCUUAAAAAUGGUAUUAACAGGAUCUCCUCAGAAAGUUUGCAUGAAGUCUGCCAAAAGAAGAUGGACAUUAUUGAAGAAGCUGCUACCUGUACUGUUGAUUUGUCAGUGUGGCACAAGUUAAAUGGAUCUCUUACCUCUCCUGAAUCAUUGCAGCUUAUAGAACAGGGAGGCACUUUAAAGUGCCCUUCCAAGGGAUGUUUCAAAGUUUUUAAACAGGCGCAAAGCCUGAAUAAACAUGCAAAAAGAGUUCAUGCUGAUGAUUUGAAUGUACGACAGUAUAUGCUAAAUUGGUACAAGGGAAAGUGUCGAUAUUGCCUAAGGAAAUUUACCAGCUCAAAGCAUUUUAUGGAUCACCUGCAAAGACAUGUCUAUCCAAAAGUGCACUUCUGUUUGCAUUUUGACUGCAGUGAAAGUUUUAAAUUGGUUAGUGAACUCCAUGCUCAUUCUAAGGUUCAUGCUGUGUUCCAAGCACAGUGCACUUUUCCAGACUGUGGUCUACUGUUUGAAGCACUGCCUGCACUUUUUGAACAUGAAGCUCAGCAUUAUGUCAAUGACACGCCUGAUCCCUCUGUGGAAGCAGCAGUAGAAACCAAUGCAAUGUGUGCUUCCAAACCAAAGUGCAACAAAGAUAAAGAGCAGCAGGCAAAAAGUAAGAAAACCUCCAAGCUGCCUCUUCCAAACUGGACGUCAAGAAAACUUGCUGCUGAACCAAAAACAUAUAUCCAAGUUAAUAAAAGUACAUCUGAAAAUGGAGACAGCAAUUUUAUUGAAGCCCCACCCAUUUCCUCUCCUGUAAUUGAUGAAUUGUCAGUUGCUGCAGCAGACUCCAAAAGCAGUAGUACAACUGAUUUCCUAGUUAAUGGACAAGGAGAAUGUGAGAAGGAAGCCACCAUGGUGUCUUCAGGUUCAGCAUCUGAAAGCAGUGUAACAGAACAAGUAGCACAAUCUUUAACACAAAAUGGGACAUUCCUUAAUUAUAAUACAUCAGAAAAUGUUGAUAUUCCAGAUUCCACCAUGUCUCUAAAGCCAGCACAGCAUGACAUCCAUUCAUAUACUCCAGUAUUAAAAAGACCAUUUGUUCGGCCUCAGCCUCCAGCAUAUCUUGAUGAACGAUACAUCAGCAUGCCAAAACGUAGAAAAACUACAGAAAAAGAGGAGAAACUUUCACAAGCUGAUGUUAAUCUUAAAAAUUCUGAACGGUAUAGGUGUCCUAACUGCUUUACAGUGUACAGUCAUUUGGCAGAACUGGAAGAACAUCAUGCACAGAAGAACUGUCAGUCAUUGUUUGGAUUUGAUUCGGAUGAUGAAAGUAAGUUAUCUUCCACUUCUUACCACAUAAAUACAGAGAGCAAACAAAAUAAAGUGGAAAAGAGGAAAGAGGGAACUCAGGAGUUCUUUCUUCCUAGUGUUGGUAGCUGCGAGUCAGGUAUUGCGCAUGAAGUGUCGUCAGCAAAUUCAUCCAAAAUCUUUUGCAAGAGAAUAGCAAGAAGUAAGGGAAAGUUAGGCAAAGUAAAGAAAGGUAACAUUAGAAACAAAAAGCAGUCUUACCAGUAUAUGAUCAAAAAUAAAAGUCAGCAUCAGUUAGCAAAAAGAAGUUCCUUAAUAGAAAAUUGGCGAACUUGUAAAGGGAAAAAAGCAAAACCUUCAGAAAAGGACUGUAUUAGCUAUACAUGUGCUUUCAAGUUGUGUACAUUUAAUACUGAUAACAUAUUCAAAUUGAAAAAUCACUAUUUUGCAAACCAUCAGGCAUGCAAGUUAAGAACAAGAAAGACUGACCAAGUUUCUCUGUUUUACAGGUGUCUGGUGAAAUCAUGUGCAAAAACCUAUCGGUCACAAAAUAGGUUGAGGACGCAUUACAUGAGAAUCCAUCGGUUGUCUGGUUUCCCAUUGUUCCUGAUUGUAAAGCUGUCUAACAUGCGACAGAGAGGAAGACAUUAUGGAAGAAAUAGUGUACCUUCUGAGGAAACAUCUACUGUCAGGAAUACAAGGUGGAACGCCAAGAACUGUGCCGUGUGUGAAAGCAGAAUGAUCGAUGUGAAACCUGCAAAAGGUGUUUUACCUAGGAGUGCACUGGAAAAGAAAGGUAAACAAAGGAAGCACAAAAGAUCUCAUCAUCUUUCCGGUGGAUUCAGUUGCAAAAAAUGCCUUGUAGUGUUUUCAGUCAAGGAGGACCUAGACAAUCAUUGCAGGAAUAACCACAGCAGCCCUGCAGAAACAGACACUUCACGAGCUGGUAAAAGUUCGGAGUGCAGUGCAAAGUGCAGUCCUGUUGCAUCCAGAAGAAAGGUUAAAGAUGCUGAGAGAGCUCAUCUUAACUGUGGCACAGCAAAACUAGGAAAUGAGAUGCUUGAACAUAAAGCACUUUCCCUGAAGCAAAGCAAGAAGUCUGGUGUGGUUUCAUGCAGUAGAUUUUUUAAAAUUGACCGUUUAAAAACUGUUGCAGAGCUGACAGAGCAUUUGCUUAAUAAACGCCUGCCCCCUAACCUGUGCAUGCUAAAAGGUUGUUCUUCCUCACUUUCUUCUAGAAAAAGUUUAAAAAGACACUAUGUAGGGGUUCAUGGUAUUAAGCAGGUGAUAAUAAGAGAAAGCCAGAGCAUACUGUUUCCUGUUCUGUCUGUUUUGCCAACUAACAGAUUUAGAGGUGGAGUAAAAGAUUUUAUUUUGCAUUAUACAGUACAAGAUGGACAGGGUGAUGACAGAACAGUGCUGUUCUCAAGCCUGUUAAAAAAUGGGACACAGACCUGUAGAGCAAAAAAUGCAAAGAAAACCAAAACAAACUUAAAUUCAAAGGCAGAUGCUCUGCUGAAAAGGAGGAGGCCCCUUGUUGCAGGUAAAAGUGAUGUCCGAACCCAUGAAAUCACUACAUCAAAAAGGCUGUGUGCAACAAGACACCAUGAAGGUAGUAAGAGUAAAAGUGAUGUCCGAACCCAUGACAUCACUACAUCAAAAAGGCUGUGUGCAACAAGACACCAUGAAGGUAGUAAGAAGUGCAGCUUUUGUUGACAGCAGAGGACCUACAGGGUGAGGCUGAAGAGAUGUAAUUUGAAAAGCAAAAUCUACAAUUAUUUGUUAGAACAGACUAACUGUGAAACUGAAACACUCAUUCUGAGGGAGCAACCACACUACCCCAAGUGACCAGUUACAUGCAGCUGCGAAAGUGGGGCCUGCCUCUAGUGCCUUGAAUCUUAAAUCUGAGGUCUCCACAUAUAAUAGCAGAUGAUGGUGCAGACACUUAAGAGGCACUUCAGGAGUGCUUGGCCAGGUUGGCAGUCGGCUUCAGGUUUUGUUCUACCUCCCUUGAAAAGAGUCUGAGGAGACAGUUCAGAGCACACUCCUGAGUAAGACUGUGUUAAGCUCCAAAGCAGUAUCAACAUCAUCUGAAAGAAAUGCCUGUCUUUUGAAAUAGUACAUUUUGAUGGGAAGUUCUCUGAUUAAUGAACAUUUAAGGAAAACAGCUGAAAUAGAUGCAAGUUAAAAGAAUUAAAAUGAUAAAAUUCAUCAGAACUUUACUUUCAUAACUAGACUGAAAAACAAAAACGUAAGCACUUCUCUGCCUUCCUAUUAUCUAUUAAUGGAGGAACAGACUGCACGAUAGAGUGUAUUACUCUGUCUUCUACUGAAGACAGAAAAGAUUUUCAUCAUGUUGGUGUAAACCUGAAGAAUGAUGAUAGAUGCUCAAUUGGCACUUCAGUAUUCAAGCCUGACCCACUGCUGCACCUGUUAAUGUACACAAAUUCUUGGUUUGGAGGUGGUGGAUAUAUGUUAAGAUGUGACGUACGACCCAGUUUGCCCUUCUUUUUUUAUGCCAUUUUGAGACUGUCAUUUUUCAAGUACAGCUUUGUUGCCCUCAAAGUACUGUUUGUCUAUAGUUAGACAAAGAUGUUCCCGUACCGUAUUUCAACUGAUGUAAAACAGUAAGACAUGAGAGCUUGGGUUAUCGGGGAAUUGACUUCUUUUUGUGAGGCUUUCACAAGGUGCUGAAUAAUUUUAUCACAAGAGAAGCUUGAGUUGUGCUGUGUUCUCCAUAAACCACACCCACUGUUGCCUUACUGUAGCUGCUGUUUGGGGCUGAGAAGUGCAUAUUUACUUUGUUGAACAAUUGUUUUGUGUGUUUGUGUGCGCGUGCACUCACAUUUCAUUAUUCUACUCCAUUAGUAAUCAUUUGGAAUUUACCCAGGGUGACAAAUGUGCUUUGAACAAGGAUGUUAACAGGGUCCUUAAACCCCUCUGUAUAAUUUGCUGUAUUUUAUGGUUUAGGAACGAUUGUUUUGCAGGAAAAAAAAAGUUUUAACUCUACCUUAAGUACAUUUCAGCUGUCCUCUGUAGUAUGUGCACACAUUACAUAGUACAGUGUACAAUCUGUCAAGAUGCAGAUCUCUAACGAGUUGAAAAUAAUUUAAGCUUCUUACAUUAGUCAUGAUAUGGAAAACUAAACACCAUGGAUAACCAACAAAAUUGCAUAUCCUGUUGCUUGUUUAGUCAGGAGGUGGUGGUUGUCACUUAUGAAAUCUGAAGUCAUAGGAAAUGAAUCCCCAAAACCUCAUGUUUGAAAACAGGGCAGGUUGUAGUAGUGGUAAAACUUGUUUCUCAGAUUAUGUGGAACACCAUUAAAGCACAGAACCAGAGAUGCAUAGGACUGAAUCAUGAUCUUUUAAACCAAGGGGGGGGAGGGGGGGGAAUAAUGCUAGAAAUAACUCGUAAGGUCAGUAAUGAAAAGAAAAUCAUUUUUUCAGAUCAUCCUGGAAACCAGAAAAUGGCAGCAAACUGUAAGAAUCACCCAAGCUGUUUUAUUGUUACCGCUUUCGUUCAAACAGUAAAUGAACUUCAAACAACACAUACCUAAGAUUCCAUAUAUAUAUAUAUAUAUAUAUAUUAAUAGUCAAUUAGGCUAAGCAUUCAAGUACUUGAUUAGAAAGCCUCUUUUAAAAAUCAAA